AUGGACGUAGCUAUCGAUCUAUCUCGAACUGUGGGCUGGUUUACAACGCUCAGUCCUUUACAUGUGGAUCGAAAUACAGACGAUAACGUCUUGCAUACAGUAAGACUAGUCAAAGACGCUCGAAGAAGCCUGCCGACCAAUGGACUGGCAUACUGGGUCUCAAGGUUCUUGAACCCCGAUGGCAUAAGAGCCUUCCAACCACACAGUUCUCCCAUGGAGGUCCAAUUCAACUAUCUCGGCCAGUUUCAACAGCUCGAGCGAACAAACUCACUCUUCAGUUCCAUAAAUCUUGAUGACGCCGUCUCCGCAGCAAGUCCGCACAUGCCAACUUCCGUCCUAUUUGACAUUAAUGUUGUCAUUGAGGCUGGGGUGGCCAAGUUUUGUUUCGCUUGGAACCGUCACAUCGACCAUCAAGAUUCGAUUCUGGCUUGGACCGCAUAG